CCGUGUAUAUAAAAUGCGGCAGGUCGAGAAGGACAGGAGCAGAUGUAGAAAAGCUCGUCUCUGAACAACAAGACAAAAGAAGAAAACUUUCAGAAUUUUUUUCCGGAGGAAAAACAUCGUGAUUUUUCUUUUGUUUGUGUGCGCACAGGGCUUUUUGGGUUCUAGUACCUUGGACAGCGUCUUCUGAUACAAUAUGAAGAAAGCUAAAAGAUCUGUGAACACCUCGCAGAUGUUUUUUGUGGCUGUGUGUAGCGUGCUGUGCUGCAGAACACUUUCAGCUCUUCCAGCCAUCAACACAUACUCUGCCAUCAGGUCAGGCAGUCUGAACAGUGAUGGUGACGGUGCCUGGCCAAAGGAGCCCUCUCAGGAUCUGGAAAUGUACAAACUUUUGUAUGAAAUUGCAAACACAGUUGAAAGACCACCAAGACAUGCUGAUGGACUCUUCACCAGUGGAUACAGCAAGCUUCUCGGACAGCUUUCAGCUAAAGAAUACCUUGAAUCCUUACUUGCCAAGCGUGUCAGCGAUGAGCUGAGUGCAGAUGACCUACGUAUUAAGCGUCACUCAGACGCGGUGUUUACAGACAACUACAGCCGAUAUCGCAAGCAGAUGGCGGCCAAGAAGUACCUGAACUCUGUCUUAGCAGGAAAGAGAAGCCCAGAAGAUGCCUUAACACUGUCUAACCAGUCCAAAAGCACUGACUCAUCCUUACCUCAGAGCUAUGAGGAUGAGGUUGAUCAGUUCCUCCAGCAGCUCCCUUGAGUAUGACUGCUCUCCUUUGAUUCUAACCUUAAAACUGUGCUGCAAGAAAGUCUAGAUGAUGAAGACAGUAUUUAAUCUGGCACCUUAAAUCUUAAAUAUUGGACUUGUAUUCCGGUUGAUGUAGAGCAAACAUAAAGUGUAUC